CCCAACAAGGCGUCAUCCCCCUACAGCCUCAUCACCAGCGGGCCUCUUCUCUCAAUGCUACGCGGCGCAUCAAUUGACCUCUCAUAAUCAAUUAUCGAUAGCAUCGCCCUCUUCCAUCUCCCCCAGUUGAUCGCCUCUCUUACAAAGCUCGGAUCCUUUUCCCACCCUCGCGCCUCUCGCGUCCACCAUGGCGCCCACUGACCACGAUCCCCUCCUUGUCCUUCGACAGUCCAUCUCGAGCAGCCAGCCCUUCAUCCCAAGCGCGUCUGCCGAUGCAUCGGCGCCCGAAGUCCCUCUCUCCAAGGCCACGCACCUGCAGUUCACAGGGCUCUCUCUCUCCUUGCCGAUAGACUCGCCCACGCGCUUCAUCUCGAGCGACAAGCCUGUCGACCUGCGCAGUAUCUAUUUUGCCUGGCUCAACCGUGAGCUUGCCAUCCCGGAAUACAAUGCCUCGGCAACAACACUCAACGAUGACCUCGCCGCCAACGGGUCGAGCGGCAAGGUGCAGAAUUUAGGCUUCAUCGAGAGGCUAGAUCUGAUUACUUGGCUGGAAGGUGCUAGUGAAGAAAGCGAGUACAUCAAGCCCCUGGCCGGUGAUGCGAGCGCGGCGGCUGCUGGAGCGGCUCCGUCCUCAAAGAUUGGUGCUGCGGCUUUGGCUGCGCAAGCGAGGUCCGGUAAGGGGACGAUUGACCCGCGGCUGGCGAGCGUGUACGAUGGCGAGCGCCGGAUGGGCGACCGGAACACGGUCCUGAGGGGCAUCAAGCCCACGGAUUUUUCUCACGUCCGAAAACUCGCCAUCCCCUUUAUUCAAAAGAAGUCACAGUCCUCUUCCGCUAUUGGCUCAACACAGUCGCUCUCCAUCAAUCAAAAGGGCCCCUCCCGACGCCCCGAUCCCAUUAUUCUGCUUUCUCCAUCCGCCUCGUCUCUACUGCGCAUGUCCAAUGCCCGGUCCUUCCUCGAGGACGGCAAAUUUGUGCCUCCUGAUGCUGGAGCCUCCACCGCCUCGAUGCUUCACGUCCAGCGCAUCAUUCCCGGCAUCGAUCCCAACAGACCUAUGCGAUUCAUCCUUGUCGAGGGGUCGGAGCAGUUCAAGCCCGAAUACUGGAACCGCAUCGUUGCGGUGUUUACCACAGGUCAGACAUGGCAGUUCAAGAAUUACAAGUGGAGCAAUCCCAACGAGUUGUUCAAGCACACCAUGGGCGUGUUCGUCGGAUGGAGAGGCGACCUGCCGCCGGAUAAUAUCCGCGGCUGGGGCCAUCGUGUUAUGAGCACCAGUGUGGACCGCUGGCGAGGUGAAGACGACGUUGCCUCGCGAUUCAGAGAUAAGGAGGUUGUGGAGUAUAUCUGGAAGUCUAUUGAGAUGAACAUGCGGAGCAAGGGAUGGAGGAAAGACGCUGCCCCAACGUCGAUAUAAGCCAAAAACCUGUGUCGGUCCUUUGGGCAAGAUUGAAAAAGGAUGGGAAAUAGCGAAUGGUAUCAAGGGAUUGGGAAGGAUGAACAAAGAUGGCAAAGAUGCCCCAAAGGUGCGAGGCACUGCCGGGGCUAUCGGUGGUUUGGGAGAGAAUGUACAACAAACUCAGCACGUAUACAUUUUUCCUUGUUCGUUUUGGAGCGACGGCGUUUUGGUUUUUUCUUUCCUUUCACUUUCUUUUUCUAACAAAGGGUAGAAGAGAAGAGUGGAAGGACGAGUAAAAGUAAGAUAAUAAAGAAAAUGAAAAUGAAAGAAUCUAUUGCUAUUUUUAGC